GUGAGCAGUUGCUGGAGAGGUGCGUCCGCUGCGAUAAGGUUACUCGGAAGCAGGUGCAGAGCUUAAAAAAAAAAGAGAGAGAGAGCGAUCGCAGGUAUAUCAUUUGGUGUACCGCUGACAACAAAGACAGAACAAAAUAUAACGAUGGUUUCAUCUCCAUUUGAAUUGCACCUGGUGCAUCUGGAUCUCAAGGGGGCUCCACCCAGAGUCUCAUACCUGGCAGAGAUCUUCCCAUUGCUCAAUGUCCUGGGUGCAAAUGGUAUUCUCCUUGAAUAUGAGGAUAUGUACCCUUAUGAUGGAGAACUGAAGCCACUCCGAGCAAAUGAUGCAUACAGUCCCGCUGAGAUUAAAGAGAUUUUAAAGCUGGCAAAGUCGCAUGAUUUAGAAGUUAUCCCCUUAAUACAGACGUUUGGACAUAUGGAGUUUGUUUUGAAGCACAAAGAAUUCUGCCACCUCCGGGAAGUGGCAAUGUUCCCCAACACAGUGAACCCCCAUAAAGAGGAUUCCUUGAAAUUGGUUAUUGCAAUGAUAGAGCAAGUAAUGGCAUUACAUGACGAUCUCCGAUGGUUUCACAUUGGCUGUGAUGAGGUGUAUUACCUUGGUGAAGGAGAAGAAUCCAAGGAAUGGCUGCAGCAAGAAGAAAAUACUAUUGAAAAGUUGUGUCUAGCCCAUAUGAAAGCAGUGGCCAGUCAUGUAGUCUCAACCCAUCCCACAGUGAAACCAAUUGUGUGGGAUGACAUGCUGAGGAGAACGAGCAAAGAAACUCUGAGAGAUUCUGGGUUAGCACAACUGAUAGAGCUGAUGAUUUGGGAUUAUUCUCCUGAUCUUGAGGUGGAGACUAAAGCCAAUCUCAUUGAAAAGUACCAGAAGUGUAACUUCUCAAAAUUCUGGUUUGCUAGUGCCUUUAAAGGAGCCACUGGAGUAAACCAGUGCUUGACACUCAUUGGACAUCAUCUUAAAAACCACGAGCAAUGGCUGAAAGUGGCUAAGAGCUGUCCUGCUGGUAUCAUAAGAGGAAUCACUCUGACUGGCUGGCAAAGGUAUGAUCACUUCUCCGUUUUGUGUGAACUUCUGCCUGUGGGAAUUCCAUCCUUAGCCAUAUGUCUCCAAGCAUUAAAGAAUGGUGGCUAUUCAGAAAAAGUGAGAGAAGAUGUAGAAAAAUUACUGGGGCUCUCCCAUUUGGAAAUAGAAAGCUUCAUGAGUGAUAUCACAGGGACUUUCCCAGGAAAUGAAAUUCUCUCAUUUGUGACUCAAAUUGCGUUUUACCUCAAAUCUUCAGUAGAUGAACUUUUGGAAAAUAACAGAUAUGUUACAGGUUGGUUUAGUCCCUACCACAGAAAAAGAAAGAAGAUCCAUCCUAUAAUGAUUCAUCACUUUCAGCCAGAUGCCAUAAGGCUUCUGACCAAAUGGACUGUUCUAACAGAAGAAUUGCAAACAGCCAUGAAAAAGAUUUUCUACAGCACUGCUAUAGAAGAAUGGAUAGAAGAAAAUGUCCAACCAAGCCUUCAAAGACUUCAAGGAACAGUAGAUGAUCUGAACUGUGCAGUACAGGAACUGUCUUAGCAUUUUGAUACAUGACUUUGCUAAUUGGAAACUCAACUUUCAGCUAGAAUCAAGCAAAUAAAUAAUAGGGCCUUCAUCAAUCUGUAACUCGUUCAGUUCAAGGAAACCAACAAUGACGUUGGCCACAGCCUCAACAUCACUGAGGAAGAAAAAAAUAAUAGGCAAGAUUUAAUGAAUCCAAUGCCUACUUGAGCUGGUCACAAAAGUAUGAAACUGCAUCCAUCUAGUAAAGCCUGAAUUUCAUCCAAUGGAACAACCACUAUUUGCAAGGAGCAAACACUGAAUUGUUAGUAAAAUAAUGUCAAGCAAUGCUACGUACAAUUCACACAAAAAAGUAGUAAAAACUACCUGUAUCUCCUUGCAUGCCCUCAACUGCCUCAUAUUAAUUUUAGGGCCAACAGAGCUAACAAGCAUCGACCCUAGAUAGGAGACUUUAUGAAUUCUUCUUUAGAAAAUACUAGCAUGAGCUCUUUUUUCUCUCCUGCAAUUUAGGUUUCUCCUCCCAGCACUUUUGAAUGAUGAUUUGUACAUUUCAGGGCAAGAAUGGAGUUCAUCAUUCAUGUAGUGAAUUUUUUUAAAAAACAACAACAGACUCCAAGAAUCAAACGCUACUCAUAAAUUUAGUUUGUGUAGUGAGGAGUGUGGUGGCUAUGUGAUUAGGAUGCUGGAUUGGAGGGUAGCAAGCCCAUGUUCACCAGAGUGCUGCUGUAUGAAGGGAUGAGCUCCCAUCAUUCACUCCAGCUCCUACUGACCUAGCAGUUAAAAACAUGCAAUCGCAAGUAGAUAGAUAGGUACCAUUUUGGUGACAUUAAUGGGAUAUGAAAGGAACUUCUAUCUGGACAUUCCCCAGUCAAUAGUGAUGUCACCAGCUAAUCCUUUCAACCAGGAAGUGCCUUGGUAUUUUCAACAUGAACGAAAGCAAGCUUCUUAGUUGCCCUUUCAUAACAAAAUGAUUACUAGCUUACAGACAUGUCAUUUUGAUGUUAAUACUUAUUUUUUAGGAAAGAUGAGUGUAUGGCUUUUUUUAGAGAUUUAAGACUUGAGGAUUUGCUGACAACUUUUCAAACAGUAUGAAAGAGUUGUCCACUUUCAACUGUUACACAGCGAAUUCUGUGUUUUAAAGAAUUAAAUAUAUAUCUUCAAAAUCCUAUGAUAAAUCAAUCUACACUGUUGCAUCGUAAAAUUGUACUGCUUUCUUGUGCGCAGAUUAAUGGAAUAUGAAGCAAAGAUGGUCUUAGUCGUUAUAAGCAAACUCUUGGUGGAAAAUGGAGAAGUUUACUUGUUCAUUGUCCAACCAUUCUGGUAUUCUUGCAAUUACAGCAUAAAAUAAAAAUGGUUUCAAGUAGAGUUGAACUACGGGUAUUUACAAGGAUAGUGCCUUCUAGGAUGUUUCUUUUACAUUCUCAUGUAGCUGAUAACUGUAAUGUUUCCUAGGGAUCCCCUUUGAAGUACUAACUUGAUCUAAUUCUGCUAAGUUUUUUUUCAAAGUCAACCAAGGUGAUCCAAGUGCUGCCGCAUCAUGUAAGGACAAAAUGAAUAGAAGUUGCAAAACUCUAACUCUGUAGUCUCAGCAACCAUUGGAAACAACCAACCUACUAGUUAUUAUGAAAACAAAAAUAUUUAUUCUCAAAACCAAAGACAACAUUGAACAGAAAUUUGUAGCAACAUGGAUUUGGCCUCUGCAGAGUUUUGAAGAAAUUGUCAUUUUCUUCAGGUUUUUGCAGAGGCAAAACUUUAAUCUGCCUAAGCAAGCAGGUUAAAGAAUCAUUAUGAUCACAGCUAAAUAUACCUUACUACAAUGUGUACACUGUCUGGCUGCUCUCAGAGGGUCAGAUUAGGUAAUCGUAUCUCUUCAGCCCUUAUUCUUAACACUGGUACACCUCAGGGUUGCAUGUUGAGUCCCUUACUCUAUACUGUUAUCACAACAUAUACUCUAUGUGCAUGACUACAUUUCCAGGCCCGCUAGUAAUACUGUUACUAAAUUUGCAGAUGAUACAACAGUGGUGGGAAUGGAUGUUAAAGAGCCUUGGUGGUGCAGCAGACUAAAAGUGCUGUUAAGUAGCAUCAGCUGCCUGCAAUUACUGCAAGUUCAAAUCUCACCAGGCUCAAGGUUGACUCAGCCUUCCAUCCUUUUGAGGUAGGUAAAAUGAGGACCCAGAUUGUGGGGAAAAUAAGCUGACUUUGUAUAAAAAAGAACACCGCUUGGGGGGGCCGAAAGCCCUACUAAGCAGGUAUAUACAAAAGUAUGAAGGCUAUUGCUUAACACAUUGUAAGCCGCCCUGAGUCUCCGGAGAAGGGCGUCAUAUAAAUCGAACCAACCAACCAACCAACCAAUAAAUAAAUAAAUAAAUAAAUCUCCGGGGGGGAGGAUGAGUCUGCCUAUUGAGUUGAGGUGGAAUGGUUGCUUUCAUGGUGUGGAGACAAUAACUUGGUCCUUAACACAAAUAAGACCAAGGAGCUUAUAGUGGACUAUAGAAGGAAUAGAUCAGAAAUCCAGCCCUUGCUUAUCAAUAGAGACCAAGUGGAGCAAGUGGCCAGUUUUAAGUUUCUGGGUGUUAUCAUAAAAGAGGAACUGACCUGGGGCACUCACAUUGCAGCACUGGUCAAAAGGGCCCAGCAGAGUUUAUACUAUCUGAGACUACUCAGGAAACAACAACUGAAUGAAAAACUGCUGGUGACCUUCUACCGCUGCACCAUAGAGAGUAUUUUAACUUACUGCAUCUAUGUAUGAUUUGCCGAUUGCACAGUGGCAGAUAGGACAGCACUCCAGAGGGUCAAGGUCAUUGCCCAGAGAAUCAUUGGUUGCCCUCUCCCCUCUUUGGAAGAGCUUUAUACUCCCACUGCCUUAAGAAAGUUCAAAACAUUCUUAAACAUCCAUCUCAUCCUGGGUACCCUUUUUUGGAACUAUUACCAUCUGGCAGACGGUACAGGAUAAUAAAAACAAGGACAAAUAGGCUGAAAAACAGCUUCUAUCCCAGGGCAAUAACCAUACUGAAUUCUACAAUAUAGUGCAAUAUUGGGUUUUCAAUUUCAAUUAUAAAGAAUGUAAAGGAUUUAUGUGUUUUUAUUUUUAUAGUUAUAAUGUACACUGAAGAUGGCAUUUAAUUUUGUUGUACCAUGCGCAAUGACAAUAAACUAAACUACAUAUGUCAGGGUGAAGUAAGUAUCUUACUUCUUUCUGUACAGCAUGCACAUGUUGCUUUACCUUGUUC